CUCGCAUCUGCACCUUUCUGGCUUCAUGUGAGUCUCGUUUAUUUGAGCAUAUGACUUCAGGCUGUGGGGAAGAAUGGCCAUUUUAGGACAGAGAUGCACACAAAGGAACAACUGGCUAAAUGUGAGUGAAGACAUUCUUAGGGGGGUUUCAUUUCUUUUCUUCUGUAACAGGCAGUCUGGGAAGCAUUCUAGACACGUGGCCUGCACUGUCACAGUUCCUCCUUGCAGGAUCGCAGAUGUUUGGAGAUUGUAGUGAUAACCGUUAUCAUUGAGAAUGUCAUUCUCGCAGGCUCUAAUAAGUCAGGAUUUAUUCAGUGUUAAUUUGUUAAAGACAACUGUAUUUCUAGCCAAAUCCAUGUUAGACGUUUCUCCUGGCAGUGUUGCUGGGGCUAUUCCCGUGGCUUAGUCUUAGGGAAGCACACGCCUUUGAAUACUGCUGAAGCUGUGAGUACCCAAAGCGCACUGGAGUACUUUUGCCAUAUGGGGUGUUAGUCACUGAUACACGUCUCAGUCAGACCUGAUGGAUUCUUGACCCCUUCCUUUUUUAAUUUUUUAAUUUUAAUUUAAAGUUUUGUUUUUUAAGAGCACAACCCCUCAGGUGGCCACCGUGAAUCUCUGGUGUCUUCAGUUGGUUGAAGCCUAUUUGCCGUCUCUGGUUCAAACAUAUUCGAAGCCUGAUGAUGCUUCCCUCGGUUGUUCUUCUGCUGUGUGACCUCCGCGCCCGCAGGGUUCAAGACUGUCAGAGCUGGGAGCCACCUUCACAACUACCAGGGUUUCGGGAACCUCCUUUAUCUAGCCCUGGGGAUGGAAGAGAUGUCAUCAGAGACUCAGUAGAGGAAGCUGAGACUGAGCAGCCGCAGGAACAAGAAAUACCUCCACCUUGCCUGGGCCUGGAGCCACAGGAGACCCUUCCGAAGUUGAGGAAUGUUCUGGAACAAUGCAAGGCCUGCCCAGGCUGCCCCCAGGAGCCAGCGUCCUGGGGUCUCUGUGCGGCAUCCAGCAACGUGAGCUUGCAGGACCCCGAGGAGCCCUCCUUCUGCUUGGAAGCUGAAGAUGACUGGGAGGAUCCAGAGGCCCUGAGCUUACGGCUGCUGUUCCUGAACACCUCCGGAUACAAGGCCAGCUUCUGUGGCCUGUACAACGUGGCGCUGCCAUGGCUGAGCGGCAUGUUCUGCAGCUUUAGCGACGAGGAGGAGCUGACUGGGCGCCUGGCACAGGCCCGAGGGGCGGCCAAGAAAGCUGGCCUCCUCAUGGCCCUGGCCAGGCUCUGCUUCCUCCUAGGGCGGCUGUGCUGCAGGAGGCUCAAGCUGUCCCAGGCCCGGGUGUACUUUGAGGAAACACUGGGGACCCUGGACAGCAGCUUCGGGGACCUGUUCCAGGUGGUGGCUGUGUACGCCAACCUGACCAGCAUUUACUGGAAGCAGAACCGGGAGAACUUUACACAGGUGGUUCCCAAAGCCAUGGCCCUGCUCCUGGGGACGCCCGGCCACAUCUGCAGCACCGAGGCGGACGGGGAGCUCCUGCAGCUGGCGCUGCAGUGGGCGGUGGGUGGCCAGAGCCUGCAGGCUGAGGCCCGGGCCUGCUUCCUGCUGGCCAGGCACCACGUGCACCUCAAGCAGCCCGAGGAGGCCCUGUCCUUCCUAGAGCGGCUGUUGCUUUUGCACAGGGACUCCGGAGCCCCAGACGCUGCGUGGCUCUCAGACUGCUCCCUGCUCCUGGCUGACAUCUACACGAAGUGCCUGCCCCACCUGGUGCUGAGCUGUGUCAAGGUGGCCUCAUUGAGGACACAGGACUCACUGGCCAGCUCGCUGAGGAGCGUGAACCUGGUGCUCCAGAACGCCCUCCAGCCCCACAGCCUCCCCACCCAGACUUGCCACUACCUCAGGCGAGCGCUGGCCUCCCUAACUCCGGGCACAGGCCAGGCUCUGCGUGGCCUUCUCCAUGCCAGCCUGGCCCAGCCGUACAGCCACCAUGGCUACCACAGCCCGGCCGUCACCUUCAUGACGCAGGCGGUGGAAGCCAGUGCUGUUGCUGGAGUCUGUGCCAUCGUGGACACCCUGGUGGCCAUGGCCUGGCUGCACGUGCUUCAUGGGCAGAGCCUGGUGGCCUUGAACAUCCUGCAGUCUGUCCAGGAUGCAGUGAUGGCCAGCGAGGACCAGGAAGGUGUGAUUGCCAACAUGGUGGCCGUGGCUCUGAAGAGGACAGGCCGGACGAGGCAGGCAGCCGAGGGCUACUACCGCGCCCUAUGGGUGGUUUGGGACCUGGGCCAGCGGAGGAACCAGGCAGUGGUGCUGGCCAACUUCGGGACCCUGUGCCUGCACGCGGGUGCCAACAGGCUGGCCCAGCACUACCUUCUGGAGGCCGCGCCUCUGUUCUCGAGGCUUCCCUGUUUGGAGUGUGGCUGGGACUUCACCCACGUGCUCCUGCAGCUGGGUCACCUCUGCACCCGCCAGGGCCCGGCCCAGCAGUGCAAGGGCUACUGUGAGUGGGCCCUUCUGGUGGCCGUGGAGAUGGACCACGUGGAGAGCCAGCUGCGGGCCGUCCAGUGGCUGUGCUACUUCUACAGCGUCGUCAUGCCCAGCGAGGCCCAGUGUGUCCUCUACCACGAGUUCCAGCUCUCUCUGGCCCACAAGGUGACCGACAAGGUGCUGGAGGGGCAGCUCCUGGAGACCAUCAGUCAGCUCUACCUGUCCCUGGGCACUGAGCGGACCUAUAGAUCCACUCUGGACUACACCAAACAAAGUCUGGGGAUUCUCAUUCACCUCCAGAAGAAAGAGGAGGCGCAUGCCUGGCUGCAAGCAGGGAAGAUCUACUACAUCCUGCGGCAGAGCGAGCUGGUGGACCUGUACAUCCAGGUGGCACAGAAUGUGGUCCUGUACACAGGCGACUCCAACCUGGUGGAGCUGUUUGAGGCAGCUGGAGACAUCUUCUUCAAUGGGGCCUGGGAGCGGGAGAAAGCCGUGUCCUUCUACCAGGACCGGGUCCUGCCCCUGGCAGUGACUAUGGGCAACCGUAAGGCGGAGCCGCAGCUGCAGCUGUGCAACAAGCCGGUGGCACUGCUGGCCAUGCUGGAGGAGCCCCAGGAGGGCUUGGAAUUUGCCCACAUGGCCCUAGCACUCAGCAUCACUCUGGGGGACCGGCUGAAUGAGCACGUGGCCUACCACCGGCUGGCCGCCCUGCACCACUUGCUGGGCCAUGGCAAGCUGGCGGAGCACUUCUACCUCAAGGCCCUGUAGCUCUGCAACUCGCCGCUGGAGUUUGACAAGGAGACCCUCUACUACGUGAAGGUGUACCUGGUGCUCGGUGACAUCCUCUUCUACGACCUGAAGGAACGGUUUGAUGCAGCCGGGUACUACCAGCUGGCACUGGCAGCCGCCGUGGACCUGGGCAACAAGAAGGCACAGCUGAAGACCUACACGCGGCUGGCCACCAUCUCCCACAACUUCCUCCUGGACCACGAGAAGUCGCUCUUCUACCAGAAGGCCAGGACCUUCGCCACAGAGCUCAAUGUCUGCAGGGUCAACCUGCCUCCUCUGCCACUCUGCGGGUGGGCCCCCUGGUUGGCCCCAGCCACCCUCGCUGAGGACAGCAUCCGAGGGAGUGGGUUUUGUGCAAGGAGGAUGGUCUCCUGCCUCUCCUGGUGUCUCCCGUGGCUCAUUUUCUGGGAAAUGGAGGCAUGAAAGCAGGGUUCAAAUAGCAAUAAUU